UUUUAUUUUCAUCAUCAUCAUAUUAUUCCAGGAGCACCGAGGAAGCCAGCGGCAUUGCCAAACGAACAAGACGAGGCAGCGAGCGGCGGAUUUGCGUCCCCAGCGGUGAAGAUCCCUGCGGUGACCGGCGGUCUCGUCACCCCACGCAGCGUCGCGCCGACGGCCUCCGGUAGCGCCAUCAUCAGGUUCGAUUCGCUGUCCCCACCGGCGCCUGGCCUGAUUUGGUGCGACGGCGGCGGCGGCUCGAUUCGGUGCGGCGGCAGCUUGAUUCGCGGAUACUGCGGCCCGAUUGCGACGGCGUGCAGAGUCCCCGCUCAGCGUCGGCCGUCCGAGGGAGCGGCGAGGUGACGUGCAGCGGCGGUCUGCUCCGCGUCGCGCACGUGCAGUCACGCGGGGAUCAGGCACCGGAUUGCAGACUGCAGUAACCUACAGAUUUCUGUGGUGGCAAUUUCUCGUUGCUUGUGUAACAUUAUUCUCUACAGAAGCAAAGAAUAUAUGGGCUGACUUUGGCAUUUCAUGGGAGGUUUUGAAGAUGAUGAACCGCCAUCAAAACGGGCAAGAGCAUCCUCAGUAGAAUCAGCAACUUUGUCAGACAUCCCCUGUUAUUCUAAACCCACUAAUCCUUUGGGAGGUACAAUGGCUAGACCUUUGACUUCCCAAGGGAAAGAAGUUAUGGUUGGUUCUAAAGGUUUAAUUAAGAGGGAUGAAUUUGUGAGGAUAAUCACAAAAUCUCUGUAUACUCUAGGAUAUGAAAAAACUGGAGCUAUUCUUGAGGAAGAAUCAGGUAUAACACUGCAUUCCCCACCAGUGAAUGUUUUCAGAAAGCAGGUGCUUGAUGGGAAUUGGGACAGUGCCGUAGUUACCUUGAACACACUUGAUCUUCUGGAUGAAAACAUUGUGAAGUCUGCAGUAUUUUUGUUAUUGGAGCAGAAAUUUUUUGAACUUCUGAGAAAUGGCAAUGUCAUGGGUGCUAUGAAGACGCUGCAAAGUGAAAUCUCCCCCCUUGGCAUUAACAGAAAAAGAGUUCAUGAAAUGGCAAGUUGCUUAAUUUCUUCUCCGCAAAACGUCUUGGUUGGUUUUUCAAAGCCUGGAAUUGAAUCUUCUAACUCACGGUUUAAGCUCCUAGAGGAAUUGCAAAAGGUGCUCCCCCCUACCGUUAUGGUACCUGAGAGGAGGUUAGAGAAUUUAGUUGAACAGGCACUUACUGUACAACGUGAAGCUUGUUAUCUACAUAAUUCUGUUGAUGGCCUGUCACUCUAUAUCGAUCAUCACUGUGGGAGAGAUCAGAUACCAUCUCAAGCGCUGCAGGUUUUGUGUGCACACAGUGACGAAGUAUGGUUUCUCCAAUUUUCAAACAAUGGGAAGUAUUUAGCAUCGGCAUCAAACGAUAAAACUGCAGUCAUAUGGAAGGUUGAUGAAGAUGGAGAACUAUUGCUGAAGCAUACAUUGACUGGUCAUGAGAAACCAGUGAUGAUGGUUGCAUGGAGCCCUGAUGAUUGCCAGCUUCUCACAUGUGGAAUGGAAGAAGUCAUCCGGCGCUGGGAUGUUGAAUCUGGCGAAUGUAUUCAUGUUUAUGAAAAAUAUGGCGUUGGUCUGUUGUCAUGUGGUUGGUUUCCAGAUGGAAAGCAAAUAUUGUCUGGUUUAAAUGAUCAAAGCCUUUGCUUGUGGGAUUUAGAUGGAAAACAAGCAGAUUGCUGGGAAGGGCAGAGGUCAACGAAAACAUCUGAUUUUGCUGUCUCAAAAGAUGGCAAACUUAUAAUAAGCACCAGUAGAGAUUCCGCAAUUCUGUUAUUCAAUAGGGACACAAAACAGGAGAGGCUGAUUGAAGAGGAGCAUACAGUCACUUCAUUUUCUCUUUCGGAAGAUGGUGAUUUCUUGCUUGUAAAUCUUGUAAAUGAGCAGAUUCAUUUGUGGAACAUAAGGAACGAUCCCAUUCGAGUUAAACGGUACACUGGCCAUAAGCGCAGCCGGUUUGUGAUAAGGUCAUGUUUCGGUGGAUCUGAGCAGGCCUUUAUUGCCAGUGGAAGCGAAGACGCAAAGGUCUAUAUAUGGCACAGAGCUAGUGGAGAUGUUAUCGAGACCCUGUCUGGCCACUCGGGUGCAGUCAACUGCGUAAGCUGGAACCCUACAAAUCCACAUAUGCUUGCAUCUGCGAGCGAUGAUCAUACCAUUCGCAUAUGGGGGCUAAAGAAAGCCACCGUGAAGCGAAGGGACGCAGGCAGCAGCAGCGGCAGUAAUGGGAUCCACAUGAACGGCAGCGCCAACGGCAACGGUUUCGUUCACCAGUGCAACGGGAGCCGCAGCAAGUGACAACGACAUGCAGCGCUUUGCUUUCCUUCCUCCAGGAAGAACACCCUAGUCCAGCACCGGUGUAGGGGGGGAGCGGAAAACCUGCUUGGUUUUAUGCAUCGCCUCCCUUGUUCCAUCGUGUGUCGCAAUUGUCACAUUUAUUUCUCAAUUCAAAGAUGGACACAAAUUCAAAUA